AUGAGUGAGUCUUGUGGUACCGCAAAAACCUCUUCAACUCAGCCUCAGACAGAAAAAGGUAUGAAGAAAGGAACUGCAAGGUCUAAUUUGUACGAGAUAUGUGGUGCAAAUCAUUGGAAGACUCCAAUCUUUGAAUGUUGCAAAGUGGAAGGCCCAAGUCAUAAGAGAAUGUUCACCUUCAAGGUUAUUAUUGAGAUAGAAGCAUCAAGAAACACAAUAGAGUGUUAUGGUGCCCCUCGUCCGAAAAAGAAAGAAGCAGCAGAUGACGCAGCUGAGGGAGCAUUAUUUUACCUAAAGCAUAUAGGAUGUGCUGUGAAGAACCAAUAA